GGGAGGAGCACGUAAUGACGCACUAGUAGCUACGUACAUUUCUAAGGACGAAGAGGAAGUGUGAUGUGGCUUUGAGAAAUUAGCUACAACAAUGUCUGCCAUUUUCAACUUCCAGAGUCUUCUGACUGUGAUUCUUCUGCUUAUCUGUACAUGUGCAUACAUCAGAGCUCUAGCCCCCAGCCUGCUAGACAAGAACAAGUCCGGAAUUUUGGGAAUAUUCUGGAAGUGUGCCAGAAUAGGUGAACGUAAGAGUCCCUGGGUGGCUUGUUGCUGUGUCAUGAUGGCUUUCAGUAUCCUGUUUGUACAGUAGCACAGCGGACGAGGAGGAUGAGAAAUGAGAAGAAGCAUCAGGACAUGGACUGUACGAUCCACAAAGCACAGCAGAACCUGGAUAGGGAGAAAUGGGAAACCGAUCUCCACCAUAGUAAUGGAUAGAGCGAGGGGUCUGGGGUAAAGUCAGUGGUUGCCCCCCCCCAAGGAGUGUGUGAAAUUCACCACUCUUGUCAGUGUGUGUGUAAUGUUUACUUCAGUCAUGUGGGGCCAAUGUCUCCUCCACUAUCUCAGUCAAAUGCUUUAAUGACUCAGUUUCACCCUCUCUUUGUUCAUGGGAUCAAAACAUCCGCUAGAGGUUGGUCAUAUAAUUUCAAACAUAUUGUGAAAGACAAUGGUUUGUGUUUUGCCUUGAUUGGGCACUAAACUAACUUUACUGUGUUUUUGUAUUUGAGGAAUGUUGUUUUUUGAGGAUAUUUAUGCUUUAUCCAUGAAAAUGAUAUUACGAUCGGGUAAACACCUGAACGAGGGUUUAUAAUGCAUUUACAACAAGUUCGUACAGUCUUAUCAUAUCUCCUUUAUUAUUGAGAGGUUGUUAUUGGAAGUCAACAUGAUUAACACAACAAAUAACAUGACACCUAGCAGUCAUAAGGCUGAUUGUCUUAACUACGUUAGUUUCACAGAGCAGUGUCUUUUAAUUUUAUUUGUAUGUGUUGUAAUGGCUCUAUUUAUUAAAUAAUCUUUUUUGAAA